AUGGUCGUCAGCAGAACUUUCCGUGCUGCAGCAUGCGCCAGUUGUCGAUUGUCAAUACUUCGAAGCUUCACAUCUCUUGCAGGCCCUUCGAUUCGAGCGCCGCAGGUCUCUGCUCGAGCAUCUCGAUGUAGCAGCUCUUCAAGUCAACAAUUGGGGAAAUCCGCGCGUCUAUUUUCCGAUGAUCAGAAGCUCGAAUCCAGUAGUGCGAAGGAGGACGAUGCUUUAGCAGAAGAGGCUCUACUUGAGGGCUUGGAAGCCUCCUCGGAAGGUGGCAAGGAGCUCGAAGAACUUGAAGAUGAAGAGGCUGCCGCAGCCGUUCCAUGGUAUCUACAAGUCGAAUCUCCUCACAGGGCGCCGAAACUAUUAUCGGAACGCCAGAAUCUGCCAGACCUCCCCGAUUCGCCUCCGCCCAUCCUGCAGCCAUUGCUUCAACAGAUUUCAAUCGACCUGGGCUUCGACGACCUCUCUUUACUGGACCUACGGAAACUCGAUCCUCCCCCGGCACUGGGAGCCAAUCUACUGAUGAUCCUCGGUACUGCUCGCAGCGAGAAGCAUUUGCACGUAUCUGCAGACCGCCUGUGUCGCUGGCUCAGGAGUAAUUACAAACUCAGACCAGAUGCUGAUGGUCUCUUGGGAAGGAAUGAGCUUAAACUAAAGCUGAAGAGGAAAGCGAAAAGAGCAAAGCUCAUGGGAAGCGCAAACGAUGAUAACGGAGACGAUGGAGUACGAACUGGAUGGGUCUGUGUUGACAUUGGUGUCGUUGAUGGGGGCGAGUCAGCAACUGCGGACAGUGCUCGUCACGAUAACUUCGUUGGGUUUGGGCGAAGAACAGACGGAGUACGAAUUGUCGUACAGAUGCUUACAGAGGAGAAGAGGCAGGAGAUUGAGCUGGAAAAAUUGUGGAGUGGUAUUCUCAAGCGAGGCAGCGAUCCCGAGACUGAUCUCAUUGACUCUGAGCACCAAGAACCUGCUGCUCCUUCUGGAUUACCGAAACCAAUUGAACGAGCUAGCCUUUCAGCAAUUCUUGGGCGUGGACAGACACGAGAACUACACACCUCAACUCGCCGUAUGUUGCAUAGCGCGUCUUCCGCUGAGCAACCAUUUAACAUCAAAGUUAUGGAAGAGUCAUUGAUCGAUGCAAUCAUGAAUGGGGAUUUCGAAAAGGCUGUGGAUGUAUUGCGACAAUCAAUACCAUACGCAGAAUUCUUACAACAGGACAAAUGGAAGCUGCUUCCGUUGCAGCAAAUGAGGACCUAUCUAGAAAACGUGCCCCAAGAACGUGCCAUUCAGGAGUUGGGUAUCGUCGCUCCCACUACAGUAACAACACCUUAUUUGACCUGCUUCAAUGAACUCUUGUCCUCAUUUCCGACGGAAGCAGAAGCUGACAUCAGAAUAUGGCUGGCCUGUUUCGCUCGAGACCUUGGGCACCCAGACUAUACAAAAUACAUGGUGUUUGAAGUUUUCAAAGAAUUGCAGAGUUAUGGGGUCAAGAUAUCUCAAGGGUCAUAUAUGCGGCUUCUCAAGGGAAUCCUUGGUCCUGUCAGGGGCAGAAAGCACUUUUAUCCAUAUCGGAAGUACGCCGAAAUGGCUAUGAACAUACUGCAGACCAUGCAUGACCAGGGACUUGAGAUUCUAAAUGAAGAUCUUCUCGUAUAUAUUCAAGAGCUUGUCUCCCCACGGCGGCCUGCUAGGGAUGUAGCACCAGAUUCGACAUACACCGAUCCAAUCGAUACAUUCGAUCUUCCUAGCUUGCCAAUGUAUCCCAUACAAGAACGGCUCCAUGCUCUCAUCAUGUCCCUUGAGCUACCACCUUUCAAGGAUGUGUCUCGAAUGAGGCUGAUGGACUUGUACGCACGACUUGGCAACUGGAAGGAAUUCUUCGAGAUAUUCCGGAUGGCGUCAAACCAGGGCCAGCUUCAGUCGGCAACUGUGUACGCGUUCAUGUUUGGCUCUGUAGCACGGACAGACUACCAGAAGUCGUGCAUGGCUGUGCUGCGAACAUGGAUACCAGAUCUCGAAUCAGCCAAAGUUGAACUUGACGGAGAAUUGGGAGAAGCCGUGAAGGCAUGCUUGCGGGUUGCUGAUCCUUUCGUUGAACAAGAUUUUAUAGAUUUCUCAGAAAAGCCGAGUGAAUGGUUGUCUUUGUGGAAGCGGAUUAAGUCGAGCGAAGCUCAGAAAGACCAGUUCUUGUACGAAUAG